GAAAGCUGGGUUAUCCAUCCAUCCCAUCGACCGCUACUGUACAAUAUACCCCUUUACCCACACCACCGCAACCACCACCAACCACCACCACCAACCACCACCGCACUACCGCUGCUACAAUUACUGCCGUAUCGUAUCAUUCGACACCGACAGCGGGGAACCGACCUACCGACAGCAGCACCACAUUAGUCACACGUAGGAGGGAAAAAGAAAGAAAAAGGGGAGCAGAAAUAGAGAUGUCUUGGUUCUAUAACGCUAUCGUAGGGGGAGCAGGAGGUAAUGGUGGACGGGGUGCUAUCGCAUUACCGCUGGAUCCGCCGCCGACUUACUCCAUCAGUGCCAGUUCUGGUGGUCCUCCUGUAUCCGCUGCAGCAGGAGGAGGCCAGUUGCCUCGGAGUGUGAAGGGGAGACUCCCGAGACCUCCGUUGGAUUUGCCUGCUUUGAAUAUGAUCAGGGGGAAGAGGGUUAUUCUAGCAUCGGCUUCUCCGAGGCGUAAGCAGUUGUUGUCGCAGAUUGGCCUGACAGACAUAGAAGUGAUACCAUCAAGUUUUGCCGAGAACCUGGACAAGUCCCGCUACGAGGCCUUUGAGUACGUGCUUGAGACGGCCAUACAAAAGUGUCUGGAUGUGUACAAGCGUGAGAUCGACAACCCGGUCAAGGGCGAGCCCGCUAUCGUCUUGAGCGCGGACACCGUGAUCGUCAGCUAUACCGGGGAGAUUAUGGAAAAGCCAAGGAGCGAGGAGGGACACUUGGCCAUGCUGAAAGCUUUGAGGGAUGGGCCUCCGCAUAAAGUAUGCACCGCAGUCGUAGCCAUGGCACCCCUAGAAACACUGGUCCACCCGGGCUUACGCGCAGGAGAACCACGUUGA